AUGACGACUCGCAAGCACAACGAAUUCCUCGAUACUGCACCGAGUGACGAAGAAUCGGCCAGCGACCGCGGCUAUGAUUCCGAAGAGAAUGUCGCCAAGAGCAAAGGCAGAGCCGUGAAGCGGAGACGGACCGCGGACACGCAGGACUUUUUCGGUCUCGAGUCUGACGAGGACGAGUCAGCGGACGAGGAGGAUCGCACAGAAGUCAAGGGAAAGAGGGGCAAACAAUCGAAGGACAAUCAGCCCGCGUCUGACGACGAGGACCAAAACGACGAAGACGAAGACGAAGAGGGAGGCGCACUCCUCGACACGACGAAACCUACGAAGCCCGCCAAACUACUCUCUACCAAACCGCUCAAGGAAUCCAAGAAGAACAAGACUGGUGUCGUCUAUCUCUCCUCUCUUCCGCCCUAUCUUAAACCCUUCGCAUUAAAGGGUAUGAUUGAGGCGCGAGGUUUCGGCCCUAUUACCAAAAUCUUCCUCUCGCCACUAGUGCCUAGCAACUCCGGUCCCAAGAGAGCCAAGUCUAAUAAGCGCAAGAUCUUCACUGACGGUUGGAUAGAGUUCGAGAAGAAAAAAACCGCCAAGAUCUGCGCCGAGACGUUGAAUGCGCACAUCGUCGGCGGCCGGAAGGGUGGAUGGUACCAUGACGAUGUUUGGAAUAUGAAGUAUUUACGUGGCUUUAAAUGGGCGGACCUUAUGGAGCAGGUGCAGAGAGAACGCUCGGAGAGGGAGGCCAAGCAGCGGAUCGAGGAUGCGCGUGCUAAGAAAGAGGAGAAGGUCUUCAUGGCCGGUGUUGAAGCCGGAAGAGUUGCAGAUGGUAUGGCUAGGAAGAAUGAGGAAAAGAGGAGGAGGUUGGCUGAAGCAGAUCGUGCUGGAGCUGAGGAUGCUGCAAAGGCGAAGAGGAUUGAGAAGCCUGCGCCGGUGCGGAGACGCUUUGUGCAGAACGACGUUGUUAAGCAGAAGGAUCAGAGUGGGCUUGGAGAUGAUGCGAAGAGGGUGCUAGGGAAGAUCUUUUGA